CAUCUCCUGAGUGUGUGAUCCUCCUCACUCACAGACGGCAGAGAGAAGCGGAGCCAGCGUUCACGCCGUGGAGACGAUGUCAGCCCGUAUUUCAUAUCUGAGCCCUUCCAGAGCGGACUGCUGACUCCCCCCUCCUCCUCCUCGGUCGACUUUCCUCCUUUUGGGCAAUCAAUGGAUGCGUUCUGAUCUGGAGAGCGUCCGGAACCGUCUCGAGCGUUAAUUGGGGGGCUCCUCUGCCGUUGUUGCUCUUGUAAACAACGUAAAGACGAACAGGGAAGGGGGAUGUUUGCUUUGCGCAGGGUUCGCCAGUUCCGCGUCUUUUCCGCACUGGUUGUCGGUUCGAUUGUGUGCUGCGCGAAAAGCGUCAAUGAACCGGGCAACAUGUCUUUCGUGAAGGAGACGGUGGAUAAACUCCUGAAGGAAUAUGACAUCCGACUGAGGCCGGACUUCGGAGGGGCCCCUGUUGCAGUCGGGAUGAGCAUAGACGUGGCGAGCAUAGACAUGGUGUCAGAAGUCAACAUGGACUACACGCUGACCAUGUAUUUCCAGCAGUACUGGAGGGACAAGCGUCUAGCCUAUGUAGGAAUCCCCCUCAAUCUGACCCUUGAUAACAGGGUGGCCGACCAGCUCUGGGUCCCUGACACCUACUUCCUGAACGACAAGAAGUCCUUCGUCCAUGGCGUCACGGUCAAAAACCGAAUGAUCCGCUUGCAUCCGGAUGGGACGGUCCUUUAUGGCCUCAGGAUAACAACGACAGCAGCGUGCAUGAUGGAUCUCAGACGGUAUCCUCUGGAUGAACAGAACUGCACUCUGGAGAUAGAGAGCUAUGGCUACACCACAGACGACAUCGAGUUCUACUGGAAGGGAGGCGAGUCGGCUGUGACGGGGGUGACGCGGAUCGAAUUGCCUCAGUUCUCCAUUGUCGAUUACAAGCUGGUGUCCAGGAACGUAGUCUUUUCCACAGGUGCCUACCCUCGACUGUCUCUCAGCUUCAAGCUAAAGAGGAACAUCGGCUACUUCAUCUUGCAGACGUACAUGCCAUCCAUCCUGAUUACCAUCCUCUCCUGGGUCUCCUUCUGGAUAAACUACGAUGCAUCAGCAGCCAGAGUGGCUCUAGGGAUCACCACGGUGCUGACAAUGACCACUAUCAACACCCACUUAAGAGAGACACUGCCCAAGAUUCCUUACGUCAAGGCCAUCGACAUGUACCUGAUGGGCUGCUUCGUCAUGGUCUUCCUGGCCCUGCUGGAGUACGCCUUCGUCAACUACAUCUUCUUCGGGAGAGGCCCUCAGAUGCAGAAGAAGCUUGCAGAAAAAGCAGAAAAGGCCAACAACGAGAGGGCCAAGUAUGACGCAGCAAGGGAGGCAGGUAGUAGGACCGCAUCCCUAAAGCGGUCCAAUCAGGUUAAAGGUCUUCGGCACUCACGCUCGGCGGAACCACAUGGCCACGGGAACAUCCUCUUAACCACCCUAGAGAUCCACAACGAGGUGGCGGGCGGCGAGAUCACCACCAGCGUGGCGGACAUUAGGAACUCUCAGUCCAUGGUGCAGCUGGACAGCACCGCCUCGGCGAACAUCCAGUACAGGAAGCAGAGCGGUGGGAUCGGCCCGCGCUCCGCUAGCCGCCACUCCCUGGACCGGUCCGCCCAGAUGAAACGCAGCCGUCUGCGAAGGCGAUCCUCGCAGCUUAAAAUUAAAAUCCCAGACCUGACGGAUGUGAACGCCAUCGACCGCUGGUCGCGGAUCAUUUUUCCCUCCGUUUUCUCCCUCUUCAACCUCAUCUACUGGCUCUACUAUGUCUGACUGGACUCUUUGUUGGGAUAUCUGUUGUUCUUUGUCUGGUUGUUUUCUAUUUAUCUUUUUGUUCCUUUUUCUUCCUUUUUUUCUGUUGCUUUUAUACGUGAUGGAAUCUGUCAAGUCAAAGACAAACCAACAAAGACUGAGGAAAGACUACUGAGUUCUGGACCAAGUUCUCUGCACAAUUGUUUUAUAUUCACAGUCUUUGAACCCUGAGUACCGAGGUGUUUUUAUUUUCUUAAGUAUGUACUGUAAUCGGGACGUGUGACACUAACAUUUGCCCUCUGAGUGUAAAUAGAGAGAUACAAAGCCAGCAAAUGAAGAAACAAUAGAGUAUUUGCAAAAACAUACACUAAAGUGGUUCACACAAGACUUUUCUAAUCAAAUAACUUUAUACUACACAGAAAGUGACGGCGUUUCCCAAAAGUUAAUUCAACAAGCCUAUGUAUGUUUGACUGGAACCCUAUGCACUCCUAAUGCAUGUCAUGAUCAGCUGUAGUAAAAGGACGAUCAGUUUCUGCCUUUGGUAACGUCACAAUUUAACAGGCUGUGUAUGUCUCAAUAGUUCUGAAAAUAUACAGAUAAGGACGGAAUUAUGAGCCCCCCAUCGAUAUUUAUUAGUCAGUAUUUCAGUGAAACAGAGCGAGGAAUUUUUUACCAGCUUUUCCAAACAUCCCAGUUUCAUUUUGGAUGCUAACAUUAUUUUACUCCACAAACAGACACUAAAUUAUUUCACAGAAACUACCAGUGUA